UACAGUUUGUAUACGAGAAUCUGUUCGAAAUGAGUAAACAUUUGGUGAUGAUAAUAAAUAGUAAGUUUUAUUGUGAUUGAUAAUUUUAUUAUUAAAUGACUUGUGAUCGUUACAUUUUUGUGAAUUAGUGUUCCUCUGUUGUGUCUGGUUAUAUGCGAUUUGUUCCGAUAAAUUUAUUGCUGGAUUUGUGAUCUCCAUUGGUGGAACAUAUAAUUCUCUGCCGAAGUUUCUCAUGGUCCCUUCAGUUUCGAUCGUAUCACAGUUUUUGCUAUAGAAUGUGAUGCCUGUAACCGACGUCAAACAAGAAUCGUAGCGGAAAUAGAGAACCCACCUCAAAGCGCAGUACAUUUCCGUUGGUUUUCAUUGUGCCUGAUCAAAGUAACAAAGAGAGUGGAAUACCAUGCGACAUAUACGGUGAUUCAAUAUUAAUUCGAACAAUCUCUACAAUUGAUACAAUCAUCGGGCGAUAACAGGUAAGCAACCAGCAACCAGGCAGCAACCAGGCAGCGGCACUUCGUCCAGAGUCGCGUCUCCUUGUCUCAUGAUCCAUUCAUAAGUUUUAUCGCACGGCGUUGGCGCGGGCGCGCGGGGAUCGGCGAUCACAAGUGUUUAUUUACGCGAUCCGUCCGAACGAUCCGAACAGUUUUCAUCGAGAUCCUGGCGACGGAACAUCUUCGCCGAGUGCGGCAUUUAGCGCCUCGGUUAAUUCGCGACAACUUGUGUAUUGAUUAGAUCAACAUUUGCAAUUUUUGUUUAGAGUGGUGAAUAUUUUUUAGAACAGGUCAUGCCAUCGUAGUCUCAUUCUUCACGGGCUCUGAGAUGGGUGAACAAGAAACGAACAAGCAGCUGCGUGACAGCAUGGAGCACAAGGCAGUUGAUGAGGUAGACUCAUGUGGUAAAAUCUUCGAGGCCAAGGCGCCUCGGAUAGAUUUGAUGAACUUGCUGGAGUGUGACGAGAACAAUGAGGAAUCCAAAAAGUCAGAUGAACCCGAAAAUACCUCCGAUGAACCGAAGAAGCGUUCGCUUUCAGCGGACAACACGGAGACAAGUUUCGGUAGUGGUGGCAAGACGGAUUCUCAGUCCACCACAAAACAAGUACAGUGCAUUACCAACAAUAAUAACAAAACAGUGCGUCGCUUUCAGUUCAAGCGUCCGCAGAUAUUGCGUUCCAAGUCCGUAGACGCGUUAUUAUUAAGUUGUCGUUGCGAUCGUAAAGUGACAGAAUUAUUUAAAUCGUUCGAGCGUUUAGAUUGUGGUAAUACAAAUAACUCAAAUGUGAAUAGUGAAACUGGUGCAAUUGAAAACACAGAAGUGAAAUUGCCAAGUGACCUCAUGACUCGUUCAGAGAUUAUUGGGACCAAUGCUCACAUGCAGGCGAGCGCUGGUCCAGGCCGAAGGGCGGUAAACGCAGUGACACGCGGUCUUAGGCGCCUGGUCAGGAAACACUGCAGCAGUCUGGAUAUUAGCACGCCUGACCCCGAGUUCAAGGUGGCUUAUUUGGGAAAUGUCGUUACUGGAUGGGCUAAAGAAUGUGAUGCCUGUAACCGACGUCAAACAAGAAUCGUAGCGGAAAUAGAGAACCCACCUCAAAGCGCAGUACAUUUCCGUUGGUUUUCAUUGUGCCUGAUCAAAGUAACAAAGAGAGUGGAAUACCAUGCGACAUAUACGGUGAUUCAAUAUUAAUUCGAACAAUCUCUACAAUUGAUACAAUCAUCGGGCGAUAACAGGUAAGCAGCCAG